AGACCAGCAAAGUUGGUGGUGUUCGCAUCACAAGAGAGGAAGCGCAAGGGCAAGCCUCUGCAAGAAGAGGCUGAGCACGAACCUCCGGUGCACGACUACAUAGGAGAGGAUUGGGAUGAGGAGGAGGAGGAGGAGGAGGAGGAGGAGGAGGAGGAGGAGGAGGAGGAGGAGGAGGAGGAGGAGGAGGAGGAGGAGGAGGAGGAGGAGGAGGAGGAGGAGGAGGAGGAGGAGGAGGAGGAGGAGGAGGAGGAGGAGGGGGAGAGGGAUGGUAGAGCAGCUAUAGAAGACAACCCCUUCCUCUCGGAUGAUGAGGCGGAGGAUGUAGUCUUUGUGGAUGUGUUAGAGUUCUAGAUAGGCUAGGAACUUGGAGUAGGU